GUUCAUCAAUGUGUUCCUUGGCAGCAUAAUCACAAUUCACAGGAACUGCAUUUCAGCAACUGGACAAUUUCAUACACCAUUCUGCAACUGAGAUACCAAAGACGGUUGGUGUCUCGAUUCCUAUGAAGGCGACUUUCUUCAUAACUUACAUAAUGGUUAUUGGUGGGCUGGAGUUGCUGAUUGUAGUGCUAUUGAGAUUUACUAUAAUGUUCUUAAUUACACGGCUACAACAGAGGAUGCAGUGGCUCUUGCGCUGAAAGCAGGGGUAAAUAUGGACUGUGGAAAUGCAUCUGCCAUUGCAGAAUUGUCAGCCAUUCCCGAAUUGGUUUCUGAAAGCAGAUCAGUGUGACAGCAGCAGUGACAUAUUUCUAGUCCAACCAGGGUGUAAGUGUUCAUCAGGCUCUCUC